GACAUUAUUAUAAAAAUAUAACAAAACUUCCUCAAUUUCUCUUCUCGAAUCCUGUUUGAGAUAGCUUGUUCACAUAUCAAAUAAUCACAAAAAAAAAAGUAAACUCCAUUCAUUCAUCAAUAUGACUCAACCAAUCACUCUCUACAGCCACAUAACUGGGCCCAAUCCAUGGAAAGUCUCCAUCAUUCUAGAAGAACUCAAAAUCCCAUACACCACCAAAUUCCUAGAACCCUAUGAAACCCUCAACCCCAACGGCCGCGUCCCCGCCAUAACCGACCCCAACACCUCGCUCACCCUCUGGGAAUCCGGCGCCAUAAUCGAAUACCUCAUCGACACCUACGACCAAACCACCCAACUAAGCUACACCAGCUCUCCCGAACGCUACCACACAAAACAAUGGCUACAUUUCCAAAUGUCCGGCCAAGGACCCUACUUCGGGCAAGCCCACUGGUUUACAAAAAUGCACAGCGAGAAAGUGGAUAGCGUUAUCGACCGUUUUCUGGCACAGAUCAAACGCGUCUUGUACGUAUUGGAUAGACAUCUGAAGGGGAAAGAAUGGUUGGUGGGUGAUAAAUGCACAUAUGCUGAUCUAUCAUUUGUGAUGUGGAACGAGGGGAUCCCGUGGAUUUUUGGUGACCGCGCAGGAGAGUUGGAGAUGGAGAAGGAUUAUCCCAAUUUCUUUGCGUGGCAUACGAGACUGAUGGAGAGACCUUCUGUGAAAAAGGUCUUUGAGGAUAAGGCGGCUGCUAAGAGUGGUGAAUUGCCGCUUUGAGGGAAUGGAAGACCCGUGGUUGGUCACUCUGACGAGCCAUAUAUUGGAUCUCAAUACAAUGUUCGAUAGUGUUGAAUACUGAAUUAAUUA